ACUUCAAACCAGUUAUGUGCGAACUUCCUGUGCAGUUGUAGCCGGAACACCACAGCAAAUAAUUUUUUCCUCCCUUGUUUUAUGUUGACUCUCUACUAACACGAUAGACAUACUCUCUCUCAUAUUUUUAUGCCAUACGAAGGUAUCAACACGUCUAUUCCAGGACUCCAGCCAAGGAUCUCUGACAUCCACACAGAAAUGAGUGAGCAGGAUGUGACCUACUCAGAGCUGAAAUUUCAUAAUCCUAAUGAACAGCAAAGCAGACAGAGAGCUGAGAAGGCCAAGAAUGCAGAUUCUUCCUCUCUGUCUCCACACCUGCAGCUCAUUUUAGUGAUUCUUGGAAUCUUCUGCCUGGUUUUGUUGGUAACAAUAGGUGUCCUGGGUGCUAAGGUUCUCCAGAAUGAAAACCCCAACAAACAACAUGAAUUAUUGGAAAACCUCACCCAACUGCAGAAAACUCUGGAAAUCUGCCACCAGCAAAAAGAUGAUCUCCAAGCAAAGAACACAAACCUCACAAAUAUGGUGAACAUUAAAGUUCUGCAGAACAAAACCCUCAACAAGCAAUGUGAAAUUGUGGACAAUAUCACCCAACUGCAGAAAACACUGGAAAUCUGCCACCAGCAAAGAGAUGAUCUCCAAGCAAAGAACACAAACCUCACAGAUAUUGUGAACAUGAAAGGAGAUAAAUGCAGACCUUGCCCAGAGAGCUGGAUACAGCAUGGAGAGAAGUGUUACCAUUUUUCUAAGGAAAUGAAAACAUGGCACAAGAGUAGAGAAUACUGUUCUUCUUGGGGAUCCCUACUGCUUAAAAUAGAGAACAAGGAAGAGCUGGAUUUCAUAAAGUCUCAGGCCUCAUUUCACUGGAUUGGAUUAUCCCGUAUAGCAAUCGGUCAUGGCUGGGUGUGGCAGGAUGGCACAGCCCACUCCACUGUCCUUUUUCCAGUAAAGAUACAAGAGCCUGGAGAAAAAUGUGCACUUUUCAAAGCUGGGGAAGCCUUCUCCCAUAACUGUACAGGCCAAUAUCCCUAUAUUUGUGAAAAGAGGGCUACUCAGAAAAAGACGACUGAACUGGCACAAAGAAGAUUACAGUAUCCAUGGCAAUCGUAAUCGAUGACAUUCCAAAGGGAAAGAUAAUUCACCCCUUGAGUUUGCAGAGUUGCCAUUUUCAAUGAGGAGCAGCAACUUCUGAUGAUAAACAAUGUCCCUUUCAGAAAUUUUCACAGCCAACCAAAACACUCCUACCAUGCAUGCUGAUUUAUCAAACAUGGCUGGGAAUGGCAGAGUUUAUUUUAAAGGAUCAGUUAGUUCACCAUGAAGAUAAGAAACUGGAUUUAUUUUUAUAUUAUUGCAUCCCAUACUCCCUGUGUCAUAAAGUUCUGCAUUUGUAA